GCCAUGAACAUUUAAAAAUCUUACACUAAUAAAGAAGCACAUUUUCCCUGUUUAUUGUUGGAAUAAAAUAGUAAGAGUUCUUCAGUGAUCUUGAUAAACACUGUGUAUCGAUUUCCUUGUUGCACAAUCACUUCCUCACUCACUUAAUUCUCAGAACAGUGAGAAUCUUGACAUAAAAUGAACUUCGUCACUUUUGUUUCUCAUUACUCAAAAGAUCUCUAGCUAUCAGAUGAAAGAGCGAGGUGACGGUUCUGUGGACAAAAUGAGAUUCCGGGUCCUCUUUGGGAUCCUGUGGUUAUUCACAGGACGUUCCUCAGGUUUUCUGCAUCAGGAUCCUGUUGUCUGUAAAUUUACACAUUCUGUACCUAAUGAGUGUUAUGCAGCUCUGGGACAACGACUGCAUCUGCAAAUGGUUGAUGAGGACAGGUUUUCCCUAAUACUGAGUAACAAUACAUCUACCAGUCGUUUUCUUUUAAAAUAUACAAAAACCCAACUUAAUCGACCCAUACCAGACUCCUCAAGAUGGCAGUUUGUUAACGAUAAUAAAACUAUGAUACUAAACAGUACAGAGAGAAGUGACUCUGGGAAAUACACUUUAGUCAUCAAUGAUGAAGACUGGAAUAUUAAAACAUUUUAUAUUCUCCAACUGAAGAUUGAAGCUGAGGUGUCCUCAGUUAAAGUGUCAUAUAGCUGCUUGUCCCCUGGGAUCCAGAAAUUGUCCUGUUCUGCUGACGGAGACAACCUGCACUUCAGCUGGACUUCAGAUUUAAAGCUGUUCACUCGACUAGAGGACGGAAACAGCAGUUUGCUCCUGGAACAAAACCAUGCAAACGUCACCUGUCAUGUAGAAAAUCAUGUCAGCAGUGUGCGACGUUCCACUGAACUCCAUCCAUGUCUCGAGACCAGUUCCACCCAUUAUAAUACUGGUUUCAUGGUGUUUGUGACUGUGUGGCUCUUUGAAAUCAUCAUUCUGCUGUCACUGUUUUACAUCUAUGCCAGAAUCUACAGGAGAAGAUUUGAUCGUAAGACUUCGAUACAUACUAUCUUAGAAAACCUGUCUUAGUCCAUAUAGAAGUGUGUCGAAAUGUAAAGACAGAAGAGAAUCAGUAGCUGUUUAAUGCUUUUGUGGUGAUGUAACUGCAGUGUUGACCUGAGUGUUAUUUCCUUUUACAGAUAAGGAAACACUGUAAACCUGGAUUAGGUUUACACUAAACAAACUAAAACAGCCUCAGAAUUGCCUAGAAUAAUCUAUAUACAUAUGACAACAAAAUCCUGCAAGUCAACUAUAAGACAUGAUGAGAUAUUCACAUUGAGCAUUAUGUUGUAAAUGUGUUAAAUAAUAAUAAUAAUAAAAAAAGUAUUUUAGACCCAGUCAUAUAAGGAUGUUGAACUGUGUAAGAAGGUCUAGAGACAGACACACUAAAUGAACAGGAACAGAAAUAAUCUCUAUUUCUGUCAAGUCAAAUCUCUAUUUCUGUCAAGUCUUUUUUUUUAGGCUCUUUAUUAUGGUCCUCCAUGUUGUGUUUCAGUGACGCCAUCAUUUCUUCAGGAGUUUGUGUUUUGUUUAUUUCGUAUCAUUUCCAAGUUAUGUUGUAUUCUUAAAUGUUUUUAAAAAAUAAGUUAAUAAAAACAAGGACUGUUUAAUCCUGCA